AUGUCCACCGCUCCGAAGAAUGCCGAGUUCGCCCAUCUCUUCGAAUUAUUCGAGAAGCUCGCAUCUCGACGAACGCGUGCCACUGAUGUUGGGGAAUCUUUGGUAACGGACGACACCCAUAUCCUAUCCAUUCCGUUGGACUUGCAGCCUGUAUUCCGUAAUCUCGCCACCUUAGUUACACCGAGGACCAUUUCUGCAAGUGGACGAAGAGGGCGCCGUAACACCGUUGCAGUUCCGUCUGGGUCUAGCGAUAUUGACGCCGACACCGACACUGAGUCGGUCGCCAAAUUUCCGAUGGGCAAACAAUAUCCAUUCAAAUUCAAGAUGAUGCUUCACAAGCUGUACGAGCUUGACGACUGGGGCAAGAAAGUGAGAGAGGUUUUGGAGAGAUCGCAGAAGGAGUACAAACCGUUGGCCGAGACAGUAAGCCAUCCGGAGAGCGGAGACAAUGCAAUGGAAGAGAAUGGAGGCGUUGAGGGUGUUCAUAUUGGAAUUAAGUCUGGAGUGAAUUCCCCACCGAAACGGACGGGGCGACCUCGUGGUCACACUGUAGCCUCCUCCUCCGGGGGUAAAUGGAAAGAAGCAGUUCCGCGCAGUGUCGGGGUUCAGUCCCGAGAUGACGAACGAGCAGUGAAAAAACGAUGUGUGGGCAGGAGAAAGUCUAUGAGCGGUAUGAUUGGCGACUGUCCCAACUGGGUUUUCAAUGCCACUGUAGCUUCCAGCGAGAUUAACGAGCGAGUCGAUCCAACGGGUCCUCCCACCGUCACUUUCUAUUCUUCUUCACACCAAUACGAUCGCAACAAAGUGCCACCACGUCGCCGCGUAAGCUCGACCGCGACUGCAGCUCCGGCAAUCGCACUUCAAGUUCCUUCUUUUCAUCGCUACGGCGUAUUACAGCAAGACGGUCGCAAAAGAGUGCCUCCACGUCGCCGGGUGAGCUCAGUUGCGACUCCAGCUCCGGCCAUUGAGGGAGUGCAAUUGGUGGAUGAUAAAAAUUUCAAAAAAAGACGGGCAACCAGCAUUGUGGUUGUCAAGCGUUCCUAG